UUUUAACUUUUAGCAUUUUUUCAGAUGAAAUUGUAUAAUCGGAACUUCGCAGUUGGUGACCGAAUAGAAUACAUGGGGUGGAUUAAUGAAGGUGUAAUUAAUAAUAACAUAUCAUGGCAAACGUACAAGCCAAGAUUCUUGGUACUAAAGGGAACGGAAGUGAUGUUUUUUGACUCCCCACCGCUUAGCGUAUCAUGUCUUGCAAAGCCAACAUGUGCUUAUAAGGUGUAUCAGACCAUGUUUCGAGUGAUUAAAGAAUCUGAAACUGUCGACGCAAGACAGCAUUGUUUUUUGCUACAAAGCUCACCACCUCAAAGCUCACCACGCUACUUGAGCGUGGAGACUCGUCAGGAGCUAUUGCGGAUAGAAAAUAGUUGGAAUUCUACAAUUAUUACGAGUGUUAUAAAAUUAGGUCGAAAAACAUUUGCAGUCUUACACCUAAGUCGAAGCGGUGGUUUAACGUUAGAUUGGCAAUCGGGAUUUUCACUCACUGGUUCUGAUUCAACAAUCGUAUGGAAAUAUAAAUUUUCAGCAUUACGAGGAUCAUCAGAUGAUGGGAAGAGCAAGCGUAUAACAACUUGAAGCAGAUCUCACGAUGGUCUGAAAAGCUUUCUUCUUUUGAUACAUGCCGGUCCAUCGCAAGAUGUGAUAUUGAUUGAGAUGCGAGUGUAAUGUCCAACACUUCGGCUCUGUUUCUCGUGACAAAAGUAGGCGAAAUGCCUUUAUUCAGGAGUACCAAAUCUGUAGUGGCAAUAUAUUCAAGAAGCUGCUCACCCCUUCGGUUAGUAUCAGUACUGCCCCAGACCGUAUGGUGAGCGUUUGCAUCACCUCCCA